GCGCGGUGGACGGUCUGAACCGUACUUCUCGGAUUUCACCGGGCUUUCGCUGCUCCAGAGCUCAGCAUGGCUUCCUCACGAGCCUCGUCCACGCAGGCAACCAAAACUAAGGCACCUGAUGACUUAGUGGCCCCCGUUGUGAAGAAACCACACAUCUAUUAUGGAAGUUUGGAAGAGAAGGAGAGGGAACGUCUGGCCAAAGGAGAGUCUGGGAUUUUGGGAAAAGAAGGACUUAAAGCUGGAAUUGAAGCAGGAAAUAUUAACAUAACCUCUGGAGAGGUGUUUGAAAUUGAAGAGCACAUCAGUGAACGACAGGCUGAAGUAUUAGCCGAAUUUGAGAGAAGAAAGCGAGCCCGGCAGAUCAAUGUUUCCACUGAUGACUCAGAGGUCAAGGCUUGCCUUAGAGCCUUGGGGGAGCCCAUCACGCUCUUUGGAGAGGGUCCGGCUGAAAGAAGAGAAAGGUUAAGAAAUAUCCUCUCAGUGGUUGGUACUGAUGCCUUAAAAAAGACCAAAAAAGAUGAUGAGAAAUCUAAGAAGUCCAAAGAGGAGUAUCAGCAAACCUGGUACCACGAAGGACCAAACAGCCUGAAGGUGGCUAGACUGUGGAUUGCUAAUUACUCACUGCCCAGGGCAAUGAAACGCUUGGAAGAGGCCCGUCUCCAUAAAGAGAUUCCAGAGACAACAAGGACCUCCCAGAUGCAAGAGCUGCACAAAUCUCUCCGGUCUUUGAAUAAUUUCUGCAGCCAAAUUGGGGAUGAUCGGCCUAUCUCCUACUGCCACUUUAGUCCUAAUUCCAAAAUGCUGGCCACAGCUUGUUGGAGUGGGCUUUGCAAGCUCUGGUCUGUUCCCGACUGCAGCCUCCUUCACACUCUCCGAGGCCAUAACACAAACGUAGGAGCAAUUGUAUUCCAUCCAAAAUCCACUGUCUCCUUGGACCAGAAAGAUGUCAAUCUGGCCUCUUGUGCUGCUGAUGGGUCUGUGAAGCUUUGGAGCCUUGACAGUGACGAACCAGUGGCAGAUAUUGAAGGCCAUACAGUACGUGUGGCCCGUGUAAUGUGGCAUCCAUCAGGACGUUUUUUGGGCACCACCUGCUAUGACCGCUCAUGGCGCUUAUGGGAUUUAGAGGCUCAAGAGGAGAUCCUGCAUCAGGAAGGCCACAGCAUGGGCGUGUAUGACAUCGCCUUCCAUCAGGAUGGCUCUUUGGCUGGCACUGGGGGACUGGAUGCAUUUGGUCGUGUUUGGGACCUGCGCACAGGACGGUGUAUCAUGUUCCUAGAAGGCCACCUGAAGGAAAUCUAUGGAAUAAAUUUCUCCCCCAAUGGCUACCACAUUGCGACCGGCAGCGGUGACAACACCUGCAAAGUGUGGGACCUUCGGCAGCGGCGCUGUGUCUAUACCAUCCCUGCCCAUCAGAACUUAGUGACCGGUGUCAAGUUUGAGCCUAUCCAUGGAAAUUUCUUGCUCACUGGUGCUUACGACAAUACAGCCAAGAUCUGGACCCACCCGGGCUGGUCCCCACUGAAGACUCUGGCCGGCCACGAAGGCAAAGUGAUGGGCCUAGACAUUUCUUCCGAUGGGCAGCUCAUAGCCACUUGCUCGUACGAUAGGACCUUCAAGCUCUGGAUGGCUGAAUAGGCAGGAGUGUGGAAAAAGGACUCUAACCGCAAGCUCUCCCUUGAGAACCAUUUUCAAAAGAAAGGAAUUGAUGUGUUUUGUCCAAUCGUGUUUUUCGCCAGGUGCCAUGUAUAGGGCCUCGAAAGAAUUGGUCACUCUCCACUCCAGGUAGGCAGCCACAUUUCUGGCAGUUGAUGAACCUAUUUCAUAGAUGAAAUUUUAAUUCUCAUCUGCAAGCCCUGCCACGGACUAUGUAGACAUUGUUUUUAUUAAUCUUUUGUUUGAAUGCCUUACUGCCUCCUUCAUAGCACUCGGGGUUGUGACUGGCUCCAUUUUUCAUUUUGAAACUUGGCUUUCCUUUACAUGGUACAUGCUUCGGGACUAUGUGUGACCCACAGGGCAAGGCGGCCACACUGUAGUUCGGAAGUCCUCAAGUAAAGCGGCUCUUCUCACCACAUGCUGCUUAACUGAUGUCUGACAGAGUGGGAGCCUUUUCUCUAUACCUUGAGAAGGGAGGUGAAGGGGUGGGCCACAGCUGUGCUCAGGGCGGUGUGGUAAGGAGGCUCUUACCUCUUGCUGUUGAGUUCGCCUGGAAUGCUGACCGCAUCAGGAAGCUCAGGACUGAACAUUUGCCCCGUCUGUCUUCCAUUCUGCUCUGAAGCGUGGCAUCCUUCUUGUUACCCCAGAGCUAGGCCACCGUGUCAACAUGCAGUGAGAUUUUUAGAACACAGAUGUGAAAUCGUGCUGUGCCACCUCCUUUGUGUUAGUUAUUUAGAGGGUGCACCCUUCGUGUCAAGGUUACCGGAAAAAAAUCCUAAUGGAGAUUCCCGAACAUAAACCUCUUUUCUUUUUUCUUUAUUACACACUUGCUACAGAGUAGAAUCCUAUUAUAAAAACUCAUUUUGUAUAGUUUUUUCUGAAUUGCAGCCAUUGGUCCAUAGAAGUCCCCCCCCUUUUUUUAUUUGAGAUAUACUGGGUGGUAUUAAAUAUGACUUAUUCCAGCUUCAGCCUCCUUAUGGUUGUUUUGUAGAGAUCGUUGCACUGUGGGCCAGACUAGCAGGGACGUGUGUCUGAACUCUGUCCUUCGUGCUCAUUGGUCAUGCAGCAGUUACCUUCGGCUCUUUCCACCCCAGAUGUACAGCCGCUGAGGCUGUGUGUUGUGAGAGUAGAGUACGCAGCCCAUUCUCACAGUAACACAGGCAUUUGGAAGAGGAAAGGAAUUAUAUAGAGUCGGAGAAAGGCUGAUAUGAUGGCUUUUCCUUAAAUGUUGUAAACCCUUUCGUUUGAUGUUUGCUUUUCUAAUUCUGGUGACCUGUGAACGUGUGAAUAUAUAGCUAAGUAUUC